AUGCUGCCUCCCCGUGCCUACAUCUUUAUCGGGCUGAAUGGCCUCCGUAUCCUCAGUAUCAUUGGACUGAUUCUCGUUUUUGCGAGCAAUAUCGUGACUUUGGUGCACGAUAUCCAAGCGGUCAACCACCACCUCGCUGGCAGCAACGCCGAAUCACUCAAUUCAACCUCCACAUCCCGGAACGAUGACUACAUUAUCAACAGCACCGUCCCCAACCAACCUGCAGGCGUAUUCUGGGCCGUCUUGAAUCGCCUGCUCCUCAUUUUCCAGGUCAUCGUCCUGCUUCUCUCUGAAGUCGGCUGGCCGUCUGCUUUCUUCAACCGCUUCUUUCCUAUUCUGGGGAAAGAGUUCGGCCUCGGACCGAUUGGGAUCAUUCAAUGCCUCCUCGGAGCCGCGAUCCUUUCACACCAUGUCGACCGGUUCUCCUUGGUCUCCGCGUUUUUUCUGUUCUCCAUCGGCUGCCUCAACAUAUUUGCUGGGCUCGUAUUCCGUGCCUCGGCUCGGGGCAAGCGGUCAAUAACCUCCUGGCGCGAGCAUGCCAAAGAGAGUUUGCCCACUCAUGUUGCGGGCGUGGAUAUUCGUCCCGUCGCCUCCGCAGGCGCCAGUGUCGUUUCGGGAAUGUUUGGCGCGAAAGAAGAGAAGCAGGCCAGCGCGGGUAAUGGGUUUGGUCUCGCCGGAGAGCGUGCUGCGGGACUGAAAGGUUACUUGAUCUCCAAACCACUCGAGUCCCUCCCGCGCUAUGCACCGAAGCGGUAA